AUGCCCCCUUCCAAUUCAAGAUGUUGGGAGAGGAAAGAGCUCGGAACGGAACCGGCGCGCUCCCGAAAGCCACUUUCCCCGGAGUCAAAUCAGGUCCAAACUUGCCUGCUCGGACCGGCAGCGUCUUCAGGCUCUCGCCUUGAAGCUCCUUCACCACCCCGAGUACCCGAUCCGGUACCCCGGAGACCGAACCUGGGACUCUCUGCGCGAACUCUGGGAGAACCCCCGUGCGCAAUUCUCUCCGCUUCCUUCCUUCCCUUUUUCACCUUGCCCUUUUUUCCUUCCCCCGUGCAGUUUUUCGUCUCCGCCGCUUCCACCACGACUUGCUGCGACUCCGCGUCGCGGGCCGCCUCGGAUGUUUCCUCGGCUCUUCCCACCGCCGCCCUGCGCUGCCCCUCUUACGAGAACCGCCUGCUGGCCGGAUCCAGGACCGACCUCAAUGCGGCUUUGGGCAUGUACGGCUCCCCUUAUGCCGCUGCGGCGGCCGCCAGCCAAGGCUACGCCAAUUACCUGCCUUACAACGCCGACCCGUCCGCUCUCUACACCACCCUGAACUCCCAGUACGAGAUCAAAGAAGGCACCUCAACUUUACAUCCGGGGAUCCCUCAGCCUGCCACCGCUUAUUACACCUAUGAGCAUUCCUUGGGACAGUACCAAUAUGACAGGUAUGGAACUGUGGAUUUCAGCAGCUCGGCCAGACGCAAGAACGCUACGCGGGAGACCACCAGCACCCUCAAAACAUGGCUGUACGAACAUCGGAAGAACCCCUAUCCUACCAAAGGCGAGAAGAUCAUGCUGGCCAUCAUCACCAAGAUGACCCUCACCCAGGUCUCCACCUGGUUCGCCAAUGCCAGGAGGAGACUCAAGAAAGAGAACAAGAUGACCUGGUCUCCAAAAAAUAAAGCGGGAGAAGAGAGGAGAGAGGAUGACAGGAGGAACGGGGACGACUGUAGCAGUGAAAAUGAAGACAAAGAUCCCAAAAGCUGCAAAGAAGAGAAGGAGCUCAGGCUGAGCGACCUGGAGGACCUGGAUGAGGAGGAACCAGAGACCAAGGCUGAAGCUGAGCUCAAGCACCCAGAACGGCCGGUCAUCAUCAGCAGCGCCUUGGCCGAGUGCGAGAAAAACAACGGCGGCUUGUCUCCGCCCAGCCACUUCCGUGUGUUUUCUUGCACCAAGAGCGAGUUGCCAUCUUCGGGAGACUUCCUGAGCCCCAAAAGGGCUACCUUAGCCAGCAAUCUCGGUGGCCAUAGCCAAUCCUACGACGCUCCAGAGAAGCCCAGGAUUUGGUCGUUGGCCCAUACGGCGGGCGCCAACGUGAUUGUGGGACCCGCGGCCAACCCUUGUCAAAGGACAGAAAGCCCAGAUUGUUUAGUGCUUAGGGGAAGGCUCCCCGGGGCUGGAGGACAAUGCGGUGAGGAGAAGACACUGGGCGGCCUGGUCAGAACACAAUCCCUUCAUGACAAGGCCUUGGAGGAGUUGAGCCAGCCGACCAAAAUCUUUAGGAAUUCCGCUUUCAACUUACAGUCCAUCUCUCUAAACUGUGCUUCCUACCCUGUGCUGGGGGAGACCUGCCAAUACUCAGCCGGAGCUGAAGGGUUUGGGAGAACGGUGAGAGCCGCUCACAGUUCUCUAGAUCUGAGCGAAGUUUGUCUCAGUCAGCAUAAGGACAAACUCCGAACAGCUUUCAGGCCAGUGCUGAAGAGGUGAGGCAGGCUAAUCGAGCGCUGGAGAAACUUCUCAAGAAGGUCCAGAGCCACAAGGCUUUCCCAGGAAGUUGUCCAUCACUCCCAAUGCAAAUUCUCUCUCUCUGUCUUCACACCUUUCAUGGCAUGAACUGCAGCUACAUCUUCUUUCUCAUGGCAGUGGUGGAGAAGGGAUCCUCUCACGUAUGCACGGCUCUCAAGGGUCACCACCCAAAGUCCAGUCAGAAAGGAACUGUAGGGAUUUGUUUCUGCUACAUUAUAUGAACAUAUCCUGUGCACUGAGCCACCAGGUUAUGCCGGGCUGAAGCAUCCAUCUCCAGCUGU